AUGGCCUGUGGAGAUUCAAUCAUUGACAUGGAUAUGCACAUCCCAGCCUCUGGUGAUUCCAUAAUCAAUUCAAACUUCAAUGAAGAGCUAUGGAGAAGCAAGAUGAAGAACAUACUCGACAAAGAGCCCGGUCGUUAUGAUCGCGAGACUGAUGAUAAUCCGAUUUGUAUACUUCAAGUCCCCGGAUCAGUAAAAGCCCUGAAACCAGAAGCUUACACUCCUCAAACAAUAGCCUUGGGACCUUACCAUCAUUUCUUGCCUAAGCUUUACAAGAUGCAGAAGUGCAAGCUUCAUCAGGUUCGGAUUUUUCAUCAGCAACGCAACUUACCGGAAUUUCAGCUUCUUUUCGAUCAAAUGAAGAGAAAAGUUAGAGAUGUUCGAGGGUAUUACUAUGAGAAUUUAGAUGUUCAUGAUGACACCUUGUCGAUGAUUAUAGUACUUGAUGGUCUUUUCUUGCUGCAGUUGAUCUACGGAAUAGCAGAACGGUAUGCAGAUUCGUUAGAGUUUUCGGAUUCACUCGGAAGAAAGUUUUCGUUGGAUGCAAUCCUCAAAGAUGUAGUGAUGAUUGAGAAUCAAAUUCCAUUCUUUGUGUUGGAGCAUAUAGCAUAUGUAUCCGGAAAUAAAUCCUUGCUCGACAUGAGUGUCAUAGCUUGUGCAAAACUUUCUCCAGUAAUAUUGAGAGGGAAAUUUCACAGACAGAAUCUUCAAUACCCUUUUCAUCUAUUGGAUCUUCUCUACAAUUUAGUUUGGUUCGGAGGCUUCGACAUAGACGGCGGAGCAGAGCAAAGGUCAGGUUUUUCUAUGUGGAGUGACUUAUGGAAUAUUAUUAAGACUCUAAACAUCUCAUUCUUAGCCAUUCCUAUAAAAAUCAUAGAGUUAAUUCUAAAAAUAUUUCAACUUCUUGGAAUUUCGUUCUCUCUACCGGACGAAGAAGCACAAGAGAAGGCUUUAGUUCCUACAGCAUCUCAAUUGUCUAGUGUCAAUGUUAAGUUCUGCAGCAUCAGUCUAGGCGUUAGGUUCGUCGCUUUCGUCGAGCAAGAUCCCGCUCUAAGACUUCCAUCGCUUAAGUUGAAUCUUAACUCGGAGGUCGUAAUUAGGAACUUACUUGCUUAUGAAGCUAUCGCCAAGCCGGAGACUCCGAAUUUCGCUCGCUACAUUGAACUGAUCGCAACCUUGACUCGUACCGUUGAGGAUGUGGAGCUGCUGAAAAGCAUGAAAAUAUUGAUCUAUAAUGGAGACAACAAUGAGGUUUUAAAGCUCUUAAGUGGUAUUAAAAGUACCUUAGCAUCUGAAGGCAAGUCAGAUUUUGAUUCUUCCAUAAAAGGCCUUAAUAAUUAUUAUGAUAAUCACUGGAAGAUCAAGGUUAAAAAGGGGAUGAAAAAGUAUGUGUAUUCUUCAUGGAAAAUACUUACAAUUCUUGCUACCAUCUUGCUCUUGCUGCUCAUGGCUCUUCAGACAUUUUGUUCAAUUUAUAGCUGCCAUGGUAUAUUUAAGAAGAGCUCUUACUUAGCUUUUAGUUUCUAG